UAUUCCUACACGUUGUGUGGCCUGUAUGUCUGCAGGUUACACACGCAGGCUGGUGGUGGCUGCGCAACUUCUUAAGCCACCAAAGACAUUGUUAUUCCGUUUAUCAAAUGUAGUGUUCAAGACGAAACGACUUAGUAUUUUCAUUUUCCCUUUAUUGUUUUGAACAAAACCGAGGAAAAGGGGGGUUCUGAAAAAGUAUCCGAAGAAGAGAACGGCGAAAAAUGGCGGUCGACAGACGAGACGAAAAAGAUGGAGAACUUAAUGUUCUGGAGGAUAUUCUUACUGAAGCGCCUGACCAAGACGACGAACUCUACAAUCCAGAGAGUGAACAUGACAUCUGCGACAAAAAAGGAUCCAAAAGGAAGAAUACCAGAGGAGAUGGACAGGAAUCUAAGCGUUUGAGGUCCUCAGGACACUCAACUAGGCAGCUCAUGAAAAGGGGAGGUCCGCCUAGUGGGGCCAAUGGGAAGAAACUAACAAACCCUAGGGGCCGACACCUCCCUGAGGAGUUCUACGAUGACCGGAAGAACCACGGAGCGAGGGGCAGCACCUCCAGGGGAGACCCCCUAAAAGGACACAGUGACAAACCGCUCACCCGCAGCAGAGAUGCACAGAGGAGGAUAAAGCCCCUUAUGCCCGAGUUGUCCGAGAAAUUACGGCGUACGAGUGAGGAGAGCACAGGACAGGCUAGCCGGUCCUCCAAGGACGACGCCCAGUCAGAGGAGUACGCCUCCGACCAGGAGACGGGCAGCUCAGCCGUGUCCUCCGAGGGCCAGCGCUCAGACCUGGAAGAGGAGGUGGAGGAGGAAGAGGAGGUGAUGGAAGAUGAGGAGGAAGAAGAUGGAGAGAAGGAUGGCGAGGAAGAAGAGGAUGAGGAAGAGGAGGUUGAUGAGGAGGAAGGGUACGAGAUCGAGGAGGAUGGCGAUCAACGGGAGGAGGCGGAGCAAAACGACUACGACACACGUAGCGAGGCUAGCGACUCCCGGUCUGAGUCGGUCUCCUUCUCAGAUGGCGAGUCCGUACGCUCCGGAUCAGGCUCUGAAGCCUCAGAUGAGGAAAGAAAGCAGAAGAAGCACGCUAGAGGGAUAUCUCCAAUCGUUUUUGAUAGAAGUGGAAGCUCAGCUUCAGAAUCAUAUGCAGGUUCAGAGAAGAAGCGAGAAAAGCUUCCAUCUUCUGUCCGAGCUGUUCGGAAAGAUCAGACCAGCAAGCUUAAAUACGUUAUUCGAGAAGCCAGAUUCUUCCUCAUCAAAAGCAACAACCAUGAGAAUGUUUCUCUGGCCAAAGCGAAGGGGGUGUGGUCCACGCUACCUGUCAACGAGAAAAAGCUGAAUGCUGCCUUCCGAGCCGCAAGGAGUGUCAUCCUCGUCUUCUCCGUUCGGGAGAGUGGGAAAUUUCAAGGUUUUGCCCGUCUCUGCUCUGAGUCGCAUCACGGAGGUUCCCCCAUUCACUGGGUGCUGCCAGCGGGCAUGAACGCCAAGAUGCUUGGCGGAGUCUUCAAGAUCGACUGGAUCUGCAGGCGUGAGCUGCCAUUCACCAAAACUGCCCACCUAUCCAACCCAUGGAACGAGCACAAGCCUGUUAAGAUCGGACGUGAUGGACAGGAGAUUGAGCCAGACUGUGGAACCCAGCUGUGCAUGCUGUUUCCUCCAGACGAGAGCAUUGACUUGUAUCAAGUUAUUCGCAAAUUGCGCCACAAGAGGAGGAUGCACUCGGAGUCCCGCUCCCGGGGCCGACCGGCCCACCGCGAGCCCGCCCCGCGCGACCUGGGAAGGCGUCGUCCAGAGGAAUAUGACAUGCACAACCGAAAACGGCCCAGGAUUGACUAUCCUCCAGAGUUCCCUCAGAGACCAGGCUUCAUGCAAGAUCCACGCAAUCCACCUGUGGACAGACGUUUUUCUGGAGUCAGACGGGAUGUGUUAAUCAAUGGGUCUUACAAUGAUUACAUGAGGGAGUUCCACCACAGCAUUGGGCCGCCUCCUCCAUGGCAAGGAAUGGCACCAUACCCUGGCAUGGAGCAGCCGCCACACCACCCGUACUACCAGCACCAUGCACCUCCACCCCAGGCCCACCCAUCCUACUCUGGGCACCAUCCCAUACCUCAUGAUGCCCGCUUCCGGGAGAAAAGGGUGGUGCGGUCCUCCUUCCCUAGCCUGCAUGACUACGAUAUGCGCGUGGAUGACUUCUUAAGGCGUACCCAGGCAGGUGUGAGCAGCAGGCGGAGUCGCCCUCGUGAACGCGAUCGGCAGCGGGAGCGAGAGAGGCCAAGGGACGCGCGUCGGGACCGGGAGAGGGAGCGUGGGCGGGACCGUGACCGAGAGAGGGAGCGCAUGAGAGACCGGGAGAGGGAGAAGGAACGGGGGCGGUACCGCAGAUGAAGAGGCCGAAUCGACGGCAAUUCCGUUUAAAACAUGCUUUGUCCUCUUUUUUUUUUUUUCAGCACUAGGUAUUCUUUGUUGUGUUGAAAGCCAAGUGAAAUGCAUAACUGUACUUUAUUCCAAUCAGAAAUCAUUUUAAAUUUUUUAUUUUCAGUUUAGUGUUCAUGUGAAUCAUGCAUGCAUUGUAUAAAACCAGACCCUUAUUAUUUUGAAUUUUACCCUUUUUUAUUGAUGAAAGGCUCAUCGUGUUUUUGGCCUAUGAGCUAGGAGAUCAGCCUGUUUGUCCUGUACAUUUUUUACUUGUGUAUAUGUACAUAUUAUCUCCCCUGGACACAUCAGCCUGUCCCUUGCCUUUGCUUUUCUGUAUGGGUCGCGUAUGAAGAAAGUUUGGUAACCCGCACUUGCCAAAGUGUCUUUGUUAUCUGUAGUUGUACAUGGUGUAAGCUAAAGACAUAACUACUAAAAGGAGUAUUGUACUGUACCAGUGGAGAUGAAGGUGUUGUAGCAGUUACCUCUUUUUAGCUUUUUUCCCCCUUUAUGUUGAUUAGUGGAAACCCCCAAAGUUGGCAUCAUCAACCCACCUCUGUUCUAAGUUACCUGUCAGUACAGUUAUUUUGUCUUGAAGAGAGUGUGGGCUGCAGUUGCGCCAAGACUUCUGUGGUGAAUACAAGGUUGUAUCUUUUACUGAUGCUUUUUGUAAAAAAAAAAAACAAGUAAAACAAAAGGCAUUUA